GCAGCCAAGAACCUUGAUCAACUGCCUUCAUGGACUGCACCAGAUAACACGCUAAUCGUGCAGGCCUUUGAAUGGCAUGUACCUGCAGAUCGACAUCAUUGGAGUCGAUUAAAGGCUGCUUUGCCCGAUCUGAAGGCGAUUGGAGCUGACAAGAUAUGGAUUCCUCCAGGAUGCAAGGGAAUGGACCCUUCAGGCAAUGGCUAUGACAUCUAUGACUUGUAUGAUCUGGGGGAGUUUGAUCAAAAAGGGUCGAUCGCAACAAAAUGGGGCACUAGGAAAGAGCUUGAAGACUUGAUAUGCCACGCUCAAGCUCUCAGCAUCGAUAUCAUUUGGGAUGCCGUCCUCAACCACAAAGCUGGGGCAGAUUUUCCGGAACGGUUUGAGGCCGUUGAGGUAGACCCCAAGAGAAGGGAUGUCGAAAUCUCCAAGCCGUUAACAAUAGACGGCUGGGUAGGCUUCGAUUUCCGUGCACGCGGCAACUUGUACAGCUCCAUGAAGUAUCACUGGCAACAUUUCAGCGGUGUUGAUUGGGAUGACAAGCGCAAACAUCAAGGGAUCUACAAGACUCAUGCACCCAACAAAGAAUGGGCCUCGGACGUGUCUGAUGAGAAUGGAAACUAUGAUUACCUGAUGUUUGCUGAUCUCGACCUGUCACAUCCCGAAGUCCGCGCCGACCUUCUACACUGGGGAACCUGGAUUACCAAUGAAUUAUCUCUCAACGGGAUGAGAUUGGACGCAGCCAAGCAUUUCUCCACGAAAUUCCAAAAAGACUUUGUGGAUCAUGUUCGAAGAACGGCGAAUCCGGAUUUCUUUGUGAUUGGGGAGUAUUGGACUGGGGACGUACAGGCCAUUAUGAACUAUCUGGAGAAGCUUGAGCACAAGGUCACGGCGUACGACGUUCCCCUGGUUCAAAAAUUCUCCAGAUUGUCGCAUACACGACACGCAGACCUCCGUGCCUAUGCCAUAAUUCUGCUGCGCAAAGAGGGUCACCCCUGUGUAUUUUACGGUGACCUCUAUGGGAUACGCGCCAAUGAUGCCGCGCGCCCCAUGACGCCAGCGUGCCACGGCAAGCUUCCCAUUCUCACCCGAGCGCGAAAGCUGUAUGCCUACGGCGAGCAAGAAGAUUAUUUCGACCAACCAAAUUGCAUCGGUUUCGUUCGCUAUGGCAAUGCUCGUCACCGCUCGGGUCUCGCCUGCGUUAUCAGCAAUGCAGGCCCAGCCAAGAAACGGAUGUUCAUUGGUCGACAGAAUACGAAUCAGCGGUGGAUUGAUGUGUUGGGACAUCACGCUGCAGAUGUCCUUAUCGACAAAUGGGGUUGUGGCCUUUUCCCCGUGAACGCGAUGAGUGUCAGUGUGUGGGUUAAUUCAGCCGCAGGCGGUUGCGGUAGCCUCCUGGAGGACACCUUUAAUGUAAAUAUUUAUGACUAUUAA